CUCAAGCACAUUCCGUUUCUGGAGCAGAACCCGGAGAAGGAAAUGAUUCCCUUGCAGGCCCGUGAUGUCAUGCAGCGGAAUGUGGUCACCCUGGAGCUCGUUGAAUCUGUCUCCAACCUGGUCGAGGUGCUAGCUGGCGAGAAUCACCACAGCUUUCCGGUGCUGUACCCCGACACGAAGCGUGUGGCGGGUAUGCUGUCCCAGUCAGUCCUGCGAAGGAUCCUGGAACACGGAGAGGAGGCGGGUCUCUUCGUGGCCCAUGGCGAGGCGGCACCGACCAAGCACAUCUCUUGGCAGAAGAUGCUGCCCUCGAUGCCCUUCAGGUGUCAGACACCUGCAGAGGUGCGGGAGCUGGUCGCAGAUCACAGCGACAAAUUGGUGGACCUUCGGCCGUAUGUGAACCGAAACAGUCUUUUCGUUUUGAAGUAUACUUCGGUUUGGAACUGCUACAGGCUUUUCCGGCAGCUCGGGAUGAGACAUCUUGCAGUGCUCGGUCGAGACGGAAGUUUGGUGGGCAUCAUCACGCGCAAGGACCUCAUCCUAGCAACAGAAGCUGCUGAAGAGGUGGCAUGGCAGGGUGAACAGGGAUUCUGA